GGAUCCUGUGCUCUCCUUACCUAAGGCAGGGAGAGGCGGACCUCGGGGAUACGUAUCUUUGGAGAAAAGAGCUAAGCUGCCUCGGUCGUUGCAUCGUGGCAGGCACGACCCGACGCCUGAAUAAUUACCCCGAUUUGACCGUGUCUGACAUAUUUGACGCUGCAUGUCUCCAUCGCCAAGUCGCAUCAUUCCGGAAUGACAUCGUGAAGGCCACACGAAAGGCCACACGAUCACAUUAGCAGUCAUGGUACGAAUGACAAUAACACCCGCCAUCGCAGAAGGUCAGCAGAGGCUGGAUGAAGUCAGACUCGGACGGGGAAUCGCGGCGAAACCGGAGGACACUGAGCAGGCACCUACGUCAGAUACUGCCGAGGAGGCCGCAGCGACAGCCAGAACCGAAGAGCCAACCCCUAGCGAUGCUGUGGUCGGAGACCCAAUCACGCACGGCCAUAUAUUAGAUCUAUGGAAGAAUCUGAAGACGGAAGGUAUCGAGGGCUUCGAUUUGGAGGGACUGCUGCGAGGUGCCAGGGUGUACAUACCCCCGCCACCUCCAAAGCCUGAACCAUCUGCCGAGUACAAAGCUCUCAUGGCCCGCCUGCGACGCGAUGAAGAGGAAAGAUCGUACCAGCGCAUGUUGAAGCAACCGUCCCGGAUGGAAGCCUUUUCUCAGCAAUUUCCCAGCGCCGCUGCCCGAGCACACGCCUUCGCCGAAGUAAACCGCCCCAUGAACGAAGCAGAUAAUGGCGAUGACGAAGUGACGCUCGGGGACGUGCAGAAGCAGAUGAUGGUUAUUCUCAACUUCCUCAUAAGCAUCAUUGGUGUCGCAGCCACCAUCUGGAUAGCGGCCCGAUGGUGGAAUGUGACUGCCCGGAUAUUCCUGACGCUUGGGGGCGCUAUUGUCGUCUUGAUAGCCGAGGUCGCCGUGUACUCCGGCUAUGUUUGGAGAAUAGGGGAGGCCAAGUCCAAAACCAAAGAACCGGAAGAAAUCAGAGAGGUGAUGCAGUCGUGGGUACUGGGUAAGGAGAGUAAGGUCGAUCCAGCCGGAGAGACGACUACCCUUCUCGAUACAAAAUCGCAAGAUACCGACGAAGGCAUACGGCGGAGACUAAAAGGGCUUUCGUAGGCAGUGAGAUCCACGCAAUGGAACGAUCCUUGGCAGUAUUGUUUGCGAUGUUCGCACUCGCCGGGAAAGCGCUGCAGUUUUAAUCCUUGCGACAUCCCUGUGCAAGGCCAAAAACCGUUGCAAACCGGCAUUUGUAACUACACGGCAAAAGUCGUCCGGUAUUGAGAGGCUUCGUCAAAUGGAGUACCUCUAACACGUGACGGCGUGGGGACAGUUUUAGAGUGCGCGAGUGGACGCGUUGCUGCACGUCAAUUCGCGCGACGCGCUUUGGGUGGGGGGCCCACAGGACC